CAUCCCUCCUACUCGCAUACACGAAGUUUCACACUUCCACACCACACCGCCGAAGUCCAACAAUUUCUAGCUUUAAUCUCUCCAGAUUCACGAGUCUCUCCCGCCAUGGCCGCCAAUUUCGUCCGCGCAUUCUCUCUGCUUGUCGUGUCGCUCCUGAGCCUGACCUUAGCAGCGGACGCUGCUCGCCCGUACUGCCGCUUCGACGGCAAGCUGGUGGUGAGCAACCUGAUGAGGGAGCUCAGGGCGGCCAACAACUACACCACCUUCCUAGACGGGCUCAGGAAAACAGAGCUAAACAAGGACCUGCCCGACCUGUUCCACUGCUACGAGGCGACCGUCUUCGCGCCCACCGACGCCGCGUUCGCGAACCUCUCGAGCGACGCCAAAUCGUCGCUGGGUGAAAGAAAAGUGCUUCGCGAGGUGCUGCUGAUGCACUUCGUCAAAGGCAAAGCCACCAAUGCCGCGCUCGUCGGGCUUAAGGAGGGGCAGCAGUUGAAGACCGCGGCUGACUCGUGCAAGGCGCGUCUCGUGAAGGUCUCACCUGCCGGGGACAAGCCAGUCCAGGUGAAGGCCGAGGUCGGUGCGGACGAAGCUUCCGUGGUGGCUGCUGACGUCAUCUCGCUGCGAGUAGUGCAGGUGCACGGCGUGGAUGACGUCAUCCUGCCCAAGUCUCUGAUCAAGGGCGACGAUGACAGCCUCAAGCCCAGGAAAUGCACCGCCUGGGCCACGUGAGGUGGUUACCAGCUAGUUGGUUACUAGACAAGGUGGUUACCAUCGUUACCGCUGAGUACGAGCAGACUAGGUGGCUACCAGACUAGGUUAUCUACAGGGCUAUGUGGGGGGGUUAAUGAAAGAUGUACCGCUUUACCUCUGGUAAACGGUUUCGGGUCGGUUGUUAUGGAUGCGAGCACUCAGCUUGUGGUGGUCGAUUAUUGUGCAUUGGAAAUUAUGGGCGAAAAUUGCUCCUUGAAUCAUCAAGAGAAUUAC